CAGCUUUUUUAAUUUUGAAAAUUCAAAACCAUUCAAUUCAGCUCGCAGAUUUUUGUGAGAAAUGAGAUACUUGCAGCUCAGAAAAAGUUAUUAACAACUAUCUAGAAAGUUACUGCUUUAUCCCCCACUGUAAACUAUACCACCACGACCCGGGAUCCUUGUUCGACUCCUAGCCAAGGGGUUCCCGCUGCGUUUCGGUUGGGUUAUCCCAAACCUGUGAUAGGAUAGUAGCGCCCUCCCUGCCUCCGGUCGAAUAAACACUACAACGUCUGCCACUCGGUGCUGAAACGAAAUCGGGCGCGGUGUCUUGCCCACAGCUUGGGGAGCGGACCCGGGCGCAGUAACUGUCACCGGCGCCGAGAUGCGGUUCCGGCGCUUAGGGCGCCGCUAAGCUCAGAGCCCGGGAGUCAUGGCUGCGGGCGGUGCCGCCCCACGUAAGUCAGUCCAGGAGCAGGGCCCCGGCCUGGCGUACACUCUCGGAAAAAUGGGGGCCAGAGCAAAUAAGAAGAGCGAAAGCAAGAGGCCUAGGCAGCCAGAGGCGGCAGCAAGACUCAAGACGCCAAGGGCGAAGUCUUCCUGGGGCCCCAGGGCCUGCGCCAUCCCUGGGCUGCCGGGGCACCGCCUCUCCACGCCCCUCGUCCGGCGGCGGCUGCGACUGCUUCCGAGGUCAUGUUCCCAGGACGGGCGCGUCUUCAGGGUGGAAGCCUGGCGCACGUCCGGAGAGACACCCGCCAUUUCACCCAGUAAGCGGGCCCGGCCUGCGGAGGAGGGCAGCAUGCAGCUCCGCUUUGCCCGGCUCUCCGAGCACGCCACGGCCCCCACCCGGGGCUCCGCGCGCGCCGCGGGCUACGACCUGUACAGUGCCUAUGAUUACACAAUACCACCUAUGGAGAAAGCUGUUGUGAAAACGGACAUUCAGAUAGCGCUCCCUUCUGGGUGUUAUGGAAGAGUGGCUCCACGGUCAGGCUUGGCUGCAAAACACUUUAUUGAUGUAGGAGCUGGUGUCAUAGAUGAAGAUUAUAGAGGAAAUGUUGGUGUUGUACUGUUUAAUUUUGGCAAAGAAAAGUUUGAAGUCAAAAAAGGUGAUCGAAUUGCACAGCUCAUUUGCGAACGGAUUUUUUAUCCAGAAAUAGAAGAAGUUCAAGACUUGGAUGACACCGAAAGGGGUUCAGGAGGUUUUGGUUCCACUGGAAAGAAUUAAAAUUUAUGCCAAGAACAGAAAACAAGAAGUCAUACCUUUUUCUUAAAAAAAAAAAAAAAAGUUUUUGCUUCAAGUGUUUUAGUGUUUUGCACUUCUGUAAACUUACUAGCUUUACCUUCUAAAAGUACUGCAUUUUUUACUUUUUUUUAUGAUCAAGGAAAAGAGCAUUAAAAAAAAACACAAAGAAGUUUUUCUUUGUGUUUGGAUCAAAAAGAAACUUUGUUUUUCUGCAAUUGAAGGUUGUAUGUAAAUCUGCUUUGUGGUGACCUGAUGUAAACAGUGUCUUCUUAAAAUCAAAUGUACAUCAAUUACAGAUUUAAAAAAAAAAAGCCUGUAUUUAACUCAUAUGAUCCCCCUUCAGCAACUUAUUUUGCUUUAAUUGCUUUAAAUCUUAAGCAAUAUUUUUUGUUCAGUAAACAAAUUCUUUCACAAGGUACAAAAUCUUGCAUAAGCUGAACUAAAAUAAAAAUGAAAAGGAGAGAUUAAAGGUAUUCCUUGUUCUUCCCUUCUCUUCACUAGUCUAAAAACUUCUUUUUAAUCUUAAGAUUCUUUGUGAUGAGGGUGAGAAAAAGAAUCCUCAGUUUAUUUUUCCACUAUUAAUCUUUCUUUUGAUAAAUCCUCUAUUGACUGGGUAGAGGUAUGUUUGUGAAAGACAUGUAACUUGGGGAUUUGUUACUUUAGGUUUGUUCCCUUGAAUUUCAUCUCAUCAGGCAAAUUGUACUAGUUGUAGUUACAAGUUUUCCCUCAGUGAAGUAGCAAUAGGCUGUAAUCAAGAAAAUACGCCAUUUAUAGAGAUAAGAUAAAUGAAAUAAUACAUACUUCAGCCACCAGGUUUUUCUGUCUCACAUACAUAAGCAGCAUUUCAUUGCAGAUAUGGGACUGAUUCUGUGGCUUACCUUGAUUAACAUCUUUUGGAAGUUUUGCUAGUGUGCUUUCCUUUCUUUACUAUGUUUCUCAGAUUCCUUUGUAUCAGGGUUUUGGGUGUCACUUAGGUUUUGUCCAUCAGAUUCUGUGAGACACCAGGCAUCGUUUUGAGGAUGUGGGUUAUACACAUGGAGUGCUUCUGGAACUAUCAGCCCGCUUGACCACCCAGUUUGUGGAAGCACAGGCAAGAGUGUUCUUUUCUGGUGAUUCUCCAGGCCAUUUAAUACCCUGCAAUGUAAUUGUCCCUCUGUGGCUCACAUUUCAUUAGUGAGCCAUGAAAUCAACUCAGUGGGACAUAGCCAGCAUUUUUGCAUACCGGGUUGGGCUAUAAAUUAUUUCUGUUGUCAAUAAAUUUUAAAUGUUUUUCUGCUAAACUAACCAGAAUGAAUUCUGUUUUGUGCAACUGAACUGUGAUCAAUACCGAGUAACAGUUGAGUAAGAAUAAACAGUAUUACAUGGCUACCAAGAAA